GGCACUGAGGGACACACAGGGACACAUGAACACACACACACACACAGUGGAGUGAACGUGCACACACAAGCGCAUGCUUCUGCCCACUGUCCCACAGACCUGCACUGGUAUCACAGAGGGCAGCCCCUCUCUCGCUCUCUCUCUCGCUUUCUCUCUCUGCUCCAUUCUGUUCAGUCUUCAGUGCAGCUCGAUUCAUACCAUACCUCCCCGGACACAUCGUACCUCCAUCGCCUUCAUCUUGAGCAUCAGAAGCACCUCAACCUAUCAAGAGGAGGAGCCAGAUUCAGGUCCCAUUUGACCCACAUUCAGGACCGAGGGCUCCUGCUAAUGUUAAAGAGCGUCUUCAAUCUGAGUGAAGCAGGUUUUUUGGUUUUUUUUCGUGGACCCAAAUAAAAAUCACCCACGGCUCAGACAGAAAGUCAGCAUGGCGACGACGGGCAUGCAGCUCAUGGGAUUGAUCAUGUCCAUCAUCGGCUGGGUGUGUGGCUUCCUGGUGUGUGUUCUGCCCAUGUGGCGAGUCACUGCCUUUAUCGGCAACAACAUUGUGACGGCGCAGAUCACGUGGGAAGGCCUGUGGAUGAAUUGCAUCGUGCAGAGUACUGGCGAGAUUCAGUGCAAGGUGUACGACAGUAUGCUGGCGCUACCCAGUGACAUGCAGGCAGCACGUGGCCUCACUGUGCUCUCCAUCCUCUUCUGCAUUCUGGCGCUGGCUCUCGGAGUCCUGGGCAUCAAGUGCACCAAGUGUGUGGGACAGCCGAGCUUCGAGGCCCGGCUGGCUCGCAUCUCUGGUAUACUCUUUGCCAUCGCGGGGUUCCUCUACCUCGUGCCCGUGUGCUGGACGGCCCACUCCAUCAUCAAGGAUUUCUACAACCCAUACGUAGCGGCACCGCACAAGCGUGAACUCGGACCUGCGCUUUACCUGGGUUGGGGAGGCUCGGGUCUGCUGCUCAUCGGUGGGUCUCUGCUCUACGCUGGCUCCAGACCACCCGGCAUCCCCUCAUCGCCCACCUUCAGCAGUGGAGAGAGCAGCCCACGCCGAGCUGGGGGAAGCUCGCAGGUCAAAGGUUACGUUUAAAAAGGGACACCGAAUGCAGUCCAGCCCAAACCAUUUCCCUCUGCUAGUUUACCCCAUUGUCAUACAUUCCAGUUAAUGUUAAUGUAUUUUUUAUUAGUCUCGCUUAGUGUUAAUGCCUAACUCUAGGCAAUGAAGAGUGUGAAGAAAUGUCAUUAUUUAGUUUUUCAUCCUCUUGUGUCAUCGUACAUAACCCUCCUUCUCUCUCUUUCUCUGACUCUGUCUGUAUUUAUUCAUGUAUGGAAAAAAUAAAGACAUCAUCCAAAGCCUCUCAUGAAAUGUGUUAAUGCUGCUAUUAACGA